AUGGAAAUAAAAGAUCUCUACACCUUUAAAGAAUUUCUCAAUGAGAUUAAAUCUCACGAGAAGAAGGACAGUAUAUUUUUGGCCAAGUUCGAAACCAUUGAUGGAGAAAUCAACAGGUUAAUUGGCAACCUUAAGGAUCUGGUGAGUGAAUCAGAAUAAUAAAUUACUAGUUAAUACUACUUAAAGCGGUUACGAUCAGUGGUUUCAUUCAUUCCGAGUCGAUUUAUUUAAGAUUUCAGUUAUUGCACGAGUUUAACCCAGACUUUAUAAGUAUGUGAUUGCUGCCUUGUUCUCGUCCUAUCUGUUACUAUUGUAAACGCAUUGUUACAUGUCUUAUGAACAAAGAAGCUGUUUAUUUUUCCCCAUAUCUUUUAAGGAGGUUCCUAGACAUUCAGAUAUGUCUUCGUUCUUGCCCUAUGUAAUACUAUAAUAGAGACCUUUAGAUUCGAGGACGAGGAAGACUACGAAUACGAGAUUUGACUUGAAGUUUUUUCGCGUGUUCUCAAAAUAUAGACUUCCCAGAAAGCUUCAUUUUACCAUUGUUCGCUAGAAAAGUUAGCAUUGUUAUCUUUAGUGAAGGAGGUGACGCGCUCUCCCGAUCGCAAAAUGACAAAACUUCUAACAUUUGAUAUCUUGUUUUCGCCACUACGACAUUCGCGCGAAAACUCGUAGUAGAAUGUCGACGGCUACAAAAUUUUCCCGCCAAAAUGACACUGGCUCACGCGCGUGCACUACGUUGUAAUGAGAAAAUCUCGUACUCGUAGUCGUACUCGCCUUAGAAUUUAAAGGUCUCUAAUACUAUUAUGAAAGCCGAAGACUGCGUCAUAAUGAUAAAAAUAGUUUUUUUACCAUACUUGCCUUAUCUUUCAAGGAAAGCUCAGGUCUCUUUUCUCACCAAUCAAAUAACAAAAUUUGAGAUCGUCUUUACCAAGAACAUAAGUAUUUCAGUUGGCCUAUUGACCGACCGUACAAACUGUCCUUUUUUCUUUUUUUGCACAGGAAGUGUGUCGUGGUUAUCAAAUCACGAAUCAGGGUGCCUCUGUCCAGCCCACCCUCAAACCUACCGCCACACAGAAAGAACAGGACGAGUGGGAACUGGGCGUGCUGAAAGAAUUGCUCUACUGGUUCAUACCAGUACAAGGAGAUCUUUACAAGCAGUUGAACCAAAAAUUCUAG